AGAAAUGCCACCGAGGCAGACCAGGUCACACAUGCAGAGGUAAAAAUGGCAAUGCUGUGUGCCAAAAACAACAUUCCUUUCUCCUUCCACGACGACUUCAACAAGUGUGUAGCUGACAUGUUCCCGGACUCUGCUAUUGCACGAAAAUACUCAACGGGAAAAACUAAGGCUACUCAAAUCAUCAAAGGUGCCAUAGCAGCAGAACUAGAGGACGAGUUGGCCAAAACAUGCCGAUCUCAGCCCUUUUCACUGAUGUGCGACGAAUCGAACAACCGAAAAAAAGACAAAGAAUUUGUCAUCCUGACUAGACUCUACGAUGAGGCCACUCUGCAGGACGCUACAAGAUUCCUGGAGAUGCCUAUAUGCAAUAUAGGAAAUGCAGAAAAUCUGUAUGAAAAGCUUAGUGAAGCAUUAAGAAAAAGAGGCAUCCCAUGGGAUAACCUGAUUGCCAUUAACUGUGAUAAUGCGAGUGUUAUGAAAGGCCGCCAUAACUCGGUCAUCAGUAGACUGAAGACCAGCCAGCCUCACGUCCAGGACCUUGGCUGCAUCUGCCGCCUGGUACAGCUGGCCACUGGCUGUGGCAUCAGAGCAGCCCAGGUACCAGACAUCCUGGUGGGGAUAUACACUCACUUUGAUAAAAGUGCAAAAAGAUGUGAAGUCUACAAAGAGUUUGUAGACUUCACUGAUUCAGACCACCUGAAGCUCCUCAGGUACUGCAGCACCAGAUGGCUGAGACUGUUAACCUGCAUCCAGAGGGUGCUGAACCAGUGGGAUGCACUACAGGCCUACUUUAACAGUCAUGAAGAGGUGGAGAGUAGUGUUAAAGUGCGUGAUCUGGCAAGCCAUCUGCGUGAUCCAAUCGUGAAGACCUACUUCCUGUUCCUGAGUGCUGCCCUUAAGCCUUUGUCUGAAUUUAACAUUGCCUUCCAGUCAGAGGGAGUACAAAUUCACAAACUUGAAGAGGAGAUGAGCAGGCUGAUGAAGAGGAUCCUGGGCUACAUCAUACCAGCGAGGGCAAUCGUGGGUGUACCUCUCAGGGAGGUGGAGUAUGGAGAUGGACAUCAGUUGGCUGAUGAAGAUCUCUUUAUCGGAGCAGACACAAAGACAUUCAUGAGAAGCGCUGAGCUCCCUGUGUCAGCCGAGAAGAAAAUCUUCCAAACUGUGGGAAACUUCUAUGAGGCAGUUAUUAAGAAGAUGUUCUCCUCCUUUCCCCUUGACCAUCCACUCCUGAGGGACCUGAAAGUGCUGGACCCUGCAGCUCGUCUUAACAUAACUCCAGGGACAGGUAGAUAAUAGAAACAGUUUCCAAUAGGCUUUAUGCCCAGCUCCACUACUUACCCUAGCAACCAACCUAGCGAUGGUCAGACACACCUGGAUUAAUCAGUUUGUCCAAUAAUGUCAGACAAGAAAUAAAGGAGCUGGCUUAAGUUCAGGAAGUAGUGCAGCUGUGCAUAAAGCCUAUUGAUGAUAGGCAAGGCAAAGCAAUUUUAUAAAGGGCUUUACAUUGCAUCUUAACAACAUCCUCUGGGGACAGUUCCCCAUUGAUAACCAAACAAAUAAUUGGCUCAGUAUACUUGAUACUUGUUUAAAUCUGCAAUGUUUAGUCAAACACUUGUUUUACUUUACAGUGGAAAGGCUAAGGGCCCUGUUCCCUCAGUUGAGGCUGAAAGAGGAUAAUAUGAGAGAGGAAUUCACAGACUAUCAGGUGACAGAUAGUAAGGAACUCCCCCAAGAAGACAGAAUCGACAGAUUCUGGGGCAUGAUAGGAAGGGACAUGCGGUUCAGUGAGCUGCCGAAACUUAUGAAGGCUUUACUGUGCAUUCCCCAUAGCAAUGCAAGUUCAGAAAGGGUAUUUAGCAUGGUACGAAAGAUUGCUACAGAGAAUAGGAUGACAUUAGACAACAGAACUGUUUGCGCUCUACUCUCAUGU